CUCUUUUUUACGGUAACCCUUAAACUAUCUUCCACCUCUCUUCUUCGCCGGAGUCCUCUCCGUGCGCUCUCUAUUUCCCUCCCUCCACUGCGAACCUUCCGGCCACAUACUCACCGAGACCAUCCAGGCGGCGCGGCACGACGGCGAAAGACAGGCCUGCGCCAGCUCCUUUUUUGCGAGGACCUAAAUACAGGUGUUGAUGAUAAUUAGUGAGUUUUUCUUCACUGUAUGAGCUAAUUGAAGCCGCUUGAUUUUAGAUUUGGUGGCACCAUCUUGAUUUUAGUAGAACAAAGGACCUGUUUAGGUUUCUAAAGGCGAAAAGCUGUUUCAGUCAGAUAUAGAAAUUGGGCCAAAACAAUAUUUGGUAUAAGAUAUUUGGGUUCACUGAUUUGUGUGUUGUAGUUCAAUGAUACAGAAAUUGAUCAAGGGAUCAAGAUUACUCGUUUUUCACCGAAAUGUCUGCUUAAUACAUUUCCAAUUGCUUAGUACUCACCGGCCAAACAAAUUUGACCAUGUGAGUCCUCAUAAACAACAUCAAAAGCUCCGUGAGCCCAUUCCUUUCGUCACCGAUGUUAAAGAGGUAAAGGAUCCAUGUGAGGCAUUGGCUCUCUUCAAGGAUUACCAUGAAAGGGGAUUCAAACACCACUAUCCUUCCUACUCAUCUCUCAUCUACAAGUUGGCCCGUUCUCGUAGAUUUGAAGCUGUCGAGAUGAUUCUUGGUCAUUUACAAAAUAGGAACAUUCGCUGCAAUGAGACCCUUUUUGUCGCUUUGAUUCAACAUUAUGGGAAAGUCCAUUUGGUUGAGAAAGGUAUUGAGCUUUUCCAUCGAAUGCCUUCCUUUAAUUGUUUUCGUAGUCGGCAGUCCUUGAAUGUAUUGCUUAAUACACUAGUUGACUGUGACCAGUUUUCUAAAGCAAGUGAAAUCUUCCAGCAGGCUUAUGAAAUGGGCUUCCGUCCUAAUUCAGUGACCUAUAAUAUAAUGAUCAAGGGUUGGAUCAAGAAGGGUGAGUGGGAACAAGCGUGUAACCUGUUCAACGAAAUGCUUGAGAAGAGGGUGCAACCUAGUGUAGUAACAUACAAUAGUCUUUUGGGGCUUUUGUGUAGAAAUGGUGAAAUGGACACAGCACUGUGUUUGUUUGAGAACAUGAUUCAGAAAGGAAAUCAUCCAAAUGCUGUUACUUAUGCAUUGUUAAUGGAAGGAUGGUGCUUCAUAGGUAAAUACAAGGAAGCCAAAAAAUUGAUGUUCGAUAUGGAGUUUCAUGGUUGUAAACCGCGGCCUGUGAAUUAUGGUGUUUUAAUGACACAUCUUGGAAAGACGGGGAACAUCGACGAGGUGGAAUCUUUACUAAAUGAGAUGAAGAAGAGACGUUUGAAGCCUGACGUUGUGACGUAUAAUAUUCUUGUGAAUUACCUGUGCAAGGAAGGAAGGGUUGAGGAUGCUUAUAAAGUAUUGGUUAAAAUGCAAGUUGGAGGUUGUAAUCCUAAUGCAGCAACUUAUAGGAUGAUGAUUGAUGGGUUUUGUAAUGCAGGGGACUUCGAUGGGGCUAUGAAGGUUUUGAAUUCCAUGUUGAUGAGUGGGCACUGUCCUCGUUUACAAACUUUUGCUUCUUUAAUUGUUGGCCUUUUGAGAGGCGAAAACAGUAACUAUGUUUUCUUUGUCUUGGAGGAGAUGGAAAAGCGACAGAUGAGGUUUGACGCUGAAACUUGGAGGACUUUGGUUAUGGAUGCUUGUGGCCAGGAUGUUGUUGAUAUAGGCAGCCGGAUAAACGAGUUGAUCUCCUUACAACACUGAAUCUGCAAUGAAACAAUGGUAACAUUUACAAGUCUUUGUAUAUUGUACUGUUAUUUAGUGUAGAAUUUGAUUUUCACAUA